AUGGAAAUAUCUCAUGAUCAAGAUCACGUUGAUGAAAUCUCUCAAUCUCAUUUUGAAGAAUCUGUGGAUGAUUUUUUAAAAGAAAUCGAUGACAACGACGAAAAUUAUGAGUGUCUUUUAGAAGAAAACGACGACGAUGAUGGUGAUAUUGAUGACGAAAAUUACAUUGAUGAUCGUCAAUCUCAAAUAGAUACUUGGAAUUUUUAUGAUCACCCUUUGUUCGAACAAGAUUAUCGUUGCCUCCCAUUAUCUUUCCACGACAAAAUAAAUGAUGAUUUAUCAGUUGGUAAUAGAAUCAUUAUGCCCUCCAUGGAUCUUGAAUUUAUCAUAGAAAAUCAAGUCCCCUUGCCUUUACAAUUCGAGAUUCAUAACUUAUCGGAAGGGAAGUUUUCCCAUUGUGGGGUUCUCGAGUUCAGUGGACAUGAAGACGGUGUAGUGUUCUUACCAGAUUGGAUGAUGGAAAACUUGCAACUAAAAGCAUGUGAUUUCGUCUAUAUGAAGAAUAAAAAGCUAGAACAGGGAAGCUACAUCAAGAUUCAACCACACACAAGUGAUUUUAUUUCUAUUCCGAAUCCGAAAGCUGUGUUGGAAGAAAAUUUACGUAAAUUUUGUUGCUUAACAAAGGGUGAUACCAUAAUCAUCAGCCAUGGGAGCAAAAGACUGCAACGUUGA